GCUGCUGUAGAUUCAGCUGUUUCCAAAAUCCUAAGUAUUUGAGCACGAACAAUAGUUCUCCCUGGACUCGAGCCGGCGCUCCUCGGUUCCAUUCUUACUGAUAGACCUUCAAACAGCAACCUUUAAAAAGUUUCUCGGGGUGUAAGAAAAUAGCAGAUAAAGGUCGUUAUAACGCUUUUCAGUUGCAGCGCGUCCCACAAAGAAUCAGCGUUUCCUGCGAAUGUCCCAGCCGGUUUUAUCUGUCAUUUACAAGAACGACUUGCUCCCUCGAGCCGCGACUAACUUUCCCGCAGGGCCGUGCUUAACUUGGCGCAUUCCGUGGGCGCGAUCGCCUCUCAUCUCGGACCCGGAUCUUCGCAGGCGUCGGGGGCCCAACGUAACCACCCCGUCUCCAUUUAACGGUUCAAGCGUCCCGCCUUCCCAGGCCACACCCAGUGCGGCAGGCCCGUCCCGCUCGUACACCCUAUUGGCUCAACUCCACGCCUCUCAUCGCGCCGGGGGCGGGCCCAGGGAGAAGAGCCCUUUUCCGGGCGCGAACAGAUGACGACACAGUGGCGGGGUUGAGCGCCUUCGGUCGCUUGAGUCUCUGCGCUAGCUCACAGAGGACCGCUCGCUCUCAGAGGACGGCUCGCUCGGCGAUGCGGUCGCUAUGACCGUUUGUCAGUUUUUCCUUCAAGGCCGGUGCCGCUUUGGAGACCGAUGCUGGAACGAACACCCCGGCGCCAAGGGUUCUGGCGGGGCACGGCAGCAGCAGCAGCAGCAGCAGCCUGCAGGUAAUAACAGACGUGGUUGGAAUGCUAGCAGCCAGAGAUACUCCAAUGUUAUCCAGCCAUCCAGUUUUUCCCAGUCUGCGCCAUGGGGAGGCAGCAGAGAGCAAGAAGGGCCGGCUGCCCGUGCCUUUGACGCUGGAGCUGCCUCUGUCAGGAGCAGGGGCUUCGGAUUAUCUGAGAACUCCUUUGCUUCACUUAGCUCUCAUGGGCAGGAAGACGAAAAGAAACUUCUGGAAGGAAUUAUAAAAGAUAUGGUGGUUUGGAAGUCAUCUGGGCAGUGGAUGUUUUCUGUUUAUUCACCAGUCAAAAGGCAGUCUAAUAUUUCAGGUUUUACAGACAUAUCACCAGAGGAGUUGAGGCUUGAAUACCAUAACUUCUUAACCAGCAAUAACUUACAGAGUUAUCUAAAUUCUGUCCAACAGUUAAUUAAUCAGUGGAGGAACAGGGUAAAUGAGCUGAAAAAUAUAAAUGCCUCAACUCAGGCGGCUUUGCUCUCUGAUGUAAAGGAUGGAAUGAAUCAAGCAGCCCCUACGUUUGGAUUUGGCAGUGGGCAAACAACAACCUUUGGAUCACCAGGUUUUCCAGUGAAAAACAGCAGUAAUAAUGCUCAGGUCUUUAGCUUUAAACUAAACUCUGGAUUUGGCACUGCCCCUUCUGGAAGCCAGUCAGUGUUUGGGGGUCCUCCAACGUUUGGAGCAGUCCCCUCUGCCGGUUCUGCCAUCUCUACUUCCACUCCAACUUUCGGAUUUGGGAAACCUGAAGUCACAUCUGCUGCUUCAUUUUCAUUUAAAAGCCCUGCAGCUUCCAACUUUGGAUCGCCAGGAUUUUCAGGAUUUCCGUCUUCCUUGGCGGCAGGCCCAGCCGGAGCCCCAGCAGCCCCAGCCUGUGGCAGUGGCGGUUCUGUGGCUGGUUUUGGUCAUGUGAGCUCACAGUCACAGACUGCGUUCUCUAAGCCAUCUAAUGACAUCUUUGGAAAUGGCAGCAUCUCCACCCCUCUCCCAGUAUCAAAUGUCAUUGUCACAAAAGAUAACGUGUUAUUUACAGCCAAGGAUCAGCUAACAGCAGAAGAACUGGAACAAUUUCAAUCCAAGAAAUUUACUCUGGGAAAAAUUCCACUAAAGCCACCACCUCUGGAGUUUCUAAAUAUUUAAAAGGAUGCUUGCUUUUAAAUGCAAAAAAGAAUGUGUUUUGAAAUUAUUUUGAGCGGUUCAUAUGAAAAAGCAGACACACAUAUGCAUAUAUGUACAUAUGUAGACAUACACAUAAGGAAUAUAAGGUUUUGCAUUUUCACUUUUUUCUUAAAGCUAAUUAUUUAAGUAAAACAACAAAACUACUUAGCAAGAAGGGAAAUUUUUUGUACUGUAAUUAUGAAUACAGCUGAAAAAUUUGCACUGAAUAAAGUACUUUUCUCAUUGUA